CAACCCCUCAUCUCGUUAACGUUACACAAGAUCGACCUGCAUUAGCGUCAUGUCUGCACGAGGAUUUGGCGGGUUCGAUCUGUCUCCGACAAAAGAUCAAGCGCUGCUUAGUGCCGUGUCCAGCCACAUCAUGGAUCUACGGUUCACCGUUGUGUGUGGGAAGGGUCUUCUGGCAGCGGGGCCAGACGGCUUGACGAGCAACUGCAUCUGUGACAUCUCGCUCGUGUCCACGGCGCAAAAAACUCUGGUCAAUACCCGUUCACGGCUAGUCAAGUCGACGCGCAACCCGCUGUGGAACCUGGCAGUGGAUUUCGGUCGUGUGGACCUGAAGGACAUUGACGGCAUUCGAGUUGUCGUGAAGCAUUCUGGCGGAUUCACGUCGUCCAAGCCGUUGGGUGAAGCGUUCGUCCCCGUCGAGUUUGUAGCUGAGGGCUCGGCUGUCGACCAGGACUCUUGGUUUCCAUUGACCCCGACGCCAGACAUGCCGCGCGCAUCAACCUACGGCGACAUCCGAAUCGUCUUCCCCGCAGCGACCACUGCCAAGGCCUCUCCAGCAGCUGCAGCCAUCCAGCACAAUCCCGUUGCAGAGCUGAGUGCAAUCAAGGCCUGCCAUCAAGCAGUUCCUCGGCCAGGACAAUUCUGGUUUGCCGUCGCCGCCCCUUGGGUUGAAGCGUGGCUGGUAUGGCAAAUCCUCACGUCCGCUGAUCCUGCUCAACUGUGGCCACGUAUGUAUGUGCAGGUGUUUGUAUCCAAGCUCCAGCACACCACUGCCGAUGCACCGGGCCCCAUCCCCAACCACUUUUUACUCGACAACUCCUCUACCUCGACGCCUCGAAUUCGAGCAAACUUGCGCCUGAAGCAAGACUACCGGCUCAUUGAUGCGGCAAGCUGGCAGCUGUACUAUAGCUGGUACGGCGGUGGGCCUUCGAUCCAAGUGCAAGUUCCCACAGACUGCUCCAGCGUCUCGCAGUGGAUGGUGGGGCUUCGCCUUGCCGACCCUGGCGUUGCUUCAAUCGUCGCUGCGUCGCAAUAGGUAGUACUAACUAGUAGUAGGAGUAGCUUGGAGAUGUUUCGAUUGAAGUAUGCAGAUUAAUAUAACCAGGUUUGUGUCACA